GUCUACCCGGAGCCGCGGAACGAGAGCGAGUGCCUGAGCAACAUCCGCGAGUUCCUGCGCGCCUGCGGGGCGUCCCUGCGCCUGGAGACUUUUGAUGCAAAUGAUUUAUAUCAGGGGCAGAACUUUAACAAGGUCCUCAGCUCCUUGGUGACACUGAAUAAAGUGACAGCAGACAUUGGACUCGGAAGUGACUCUGUGUGUGCGCGGCCCUCUUCACAUCGGAUAAAGUCUUUUGAUUCUCUGGGAUCCCAGUCUUCACACAGUAGGACUUCAAAAUUGCUUCAGAGCCAGUACCGAAGCUUGGACAUGACUGACAAUAGCAACAGCCAGCUGGUAGUACGAGCCAAGUUUAACUUCCAGCAGACCAAUGAAGAUGAGCUCUCCUUCACGAAGGGCGACGUCAUUCAUGUCACGCGAGUGGAGGAAGGAGGCUGGUGGGAGGGCACGCACAGCGGCAGGACUGGCUGGUUCCCCAGCAACUACGUGCGCGAGAUCAAGCCAAGCGAGAAGCCCGUGUCACCCAAAUCAGGAACCUUGAAGAGCCCCCCGAAAGGGUUCGACACGACUGCCAUCAACAAGAGCUAUUACAACGUGGUGCUACAGAAUAUCCUAGAAACAGAGCAUGAAUAUUCUAAGGAGCUGCAGUCUAUGCUUUCGACCUAUCUGCGGCCACUGCAGACCAGCGAGAAGUUGAGUUCAGCAAACACUUCCUAUUUAAUGGGAAAUCUAGAGGAAAUCUCUUCCUUCCAGCAAGUGCUCGUACAGUCCUUAGAAGAAUGUACCAAGUCUCCUGAGGCCCAACAGAGAGUUGGCGGUUGUUUCCUGAGCCUGAUGCCGCAGAUGAGGACCCUGUACCUCGCUUACUGUGCCAACCACCCAUCUGCUGUGAGCGUCCUCACAGAACAUAGCGAGGACCUGGGUGAGUUCAUGGAAUCGAAAGGUGCCAGCAGUCCUGGGAUCCUGGUGCUGACCACUGGCCUCAGCAAGCCCUUCAUGCGCCUGGACAAGUACCCGACGCUGCUGAAGGAGCUGGAGAGACACAUGGAGGAUUAUCAUCCUGAUAGACAAGACAUUCAGAAGUCCAUGACUGCCUUCAAAAACCUUUCAGCCCAGUGUCAAGAAGUACGAAAAAGGAAAGAGCUGGAGCUGCAGAUUCUGACGGAGCCCAUCCGGAGCUGGGAGGGGGAUGACAUCAAGACGCUGGGCAGUGUUACGUACAUGUCCCAAGUCACGAUUCAGUGCGCGGGAAGCGAGGAAAAGAAUGAGCGAUACCUCCUGCUCUUCCCAAGCCUUCUGCUCAUGCUGUCUGCCAGUCCCAGGAUGAGUGGUUUCAUCUACCAGGGAAAGCUACCAACGACAGGAAUGACAAUCACAAAACUUGAGGACAGUGAGAACCACAGGAAUGCAUUUGAGAUAUCAGGGAGCAUGAUCGAGCGGAUCCUGGUGUCUUGCAACAACCAGCAGGACCUGCAUGAAUGGGUGGACCACCUACAGAAGCAGACGAAGGUUACGUCUGUCAGCAACCCCACCAUCAAGCCCCACUCUGUGCCAUCACACACACUUCCCUCCCAUCCUAUCACUCCAUCCAGCAAGCACGCGGACAGCAAGCCUGUGGCACUGACGCCUGCGUACCACACACUCCCCCACCCCUCUCACCAUGGCACCCCACACACCACCAUCAGCUGGGGACCCCUGGAGCCUCCGAAGACCCCCAAGCCUUGGAGCCUGAGCUGCCUGCGGCCUGCACCUCCCCUCCGGCCCUCGGCUGCUCUCUGCUACAAGGAGGAUCUUAGUAAGAGCCCCAAGACCAUGAAAAAGCUGCUGCCAAAGCGCAAGCCCGAGCGGAAGCCUUCAGACGAGGAGUUUGCUGUGCGCAAGAGCACAGCUGCUCUGGAAGAAGAUGCGCAGAUCCUGAAGGUCAUCGAGGCUUACUGCACCAGUGCAAAGACGCGGCAGACGUUGAACUCAACAUGGCAAGGCACUGACCUGAUGCAUAAUCACGUCUUGGCUGAUGACGACCAAUCAAGUCUAGACUCCUUGGGUCGUCGCAGUAGCCUUUCUCGUUUGGAGCCCUCAGACCUGUCGGAAGACUCUGAGUAUGACAGUAUAUGGACAGCCCAUAGUUACAGAAUGGGUUCUGCAUCCCGUAAGAGCUGCUGCUCAUAUAUCUCUCACCAGAACUAACGCACUGAGCCUUUCUUAACGAUGCUUGUAUCGCAGCCUGCUUUUCUUAGACGUUUCUUGCUGUUCCUUGUCUCUCUUAUGUGAUAUUUUAACAACUCUGGAGAGUGUCUUGGUAUUUCCCAUUGUACCUAGUGGAGGCUCAAUUGCCAAUCUGAGAACGUGUUCAGCUGCUGCCUGUGGGAGGGAGGUGGUGGUCCAGAGUCUGCACCCGAGGGCUUUUCCUGUUAGGGAGGGUUAAACAAGCCCCAGAAGGUUUGGAUUUUAAUUCUCCACGUAGCAACUGUUUCACUUCCUCUCGGAUACAGCCGUAUGGACACUUUUCUAGUUUAUGCAACCGCAUAGGUUUGCAUCCAAGUGCCACAACGGAGGAGACUCUAGCCUUACACAUAGGGAUCUAGGUUUGCUUUUUUGUUUUGUUUGGUUUUUUUUUUUUUUUUAAAUGUGUAAUGCACUUGACCACGUAGCUGUGGAGAGGCUGAAGGAGUUUCUGUAACUGAAGCACCGAGUCGGCUGACAGCCAGCUGCUUUGGUGAUGGUGCAGAAUGCUCCAUGGACUCCGUGCCUGGCAGACGCACACCAGGGCUGGUGCCACUGGGUGUGGAGAGCAGAGUCUGGAGUCUGUCUCCACCCACUGCUCUGUGCCUUCUCAUGUGCGCCAUGGCUGUGAGGUGAGAGCUCCCCUUCUGAAGGUGAGUUCCCCGUCACGGCUGCGACCUCCACUAUCACACCACACCUCCCUGAACCGCAGUAAUGGGCAGUGUGGGGCACCGUCGAGUCUGCACUCGGAGGCGGCCGCUUCGGUCGCUGCCCGUGCAGCUCAGCUGUGUUCAGAGAGGUGCUCGGCUGAGUGCUUGGCCUGGCUGCAGCCCGGCUGCCCCACGUCCACACUUGGCUGUCUGCGAGAGCCACGCGUACCCUGUAGCUUUGAGCACCAGCUGCAGUGAAACUCUGUGUCCAGCAAUCCUGUAGUUCACCCCGGCACUUCAUUCCAGGGCAGUCUCAAAGACCGAAUAGGUUCCCACGCGCUGGCCUGGGAGAUGGCCCUUACCCCCCCGCCCCUCUCCCGGGGGUUGUUGGGAGGAGUUUUCACUGCCCUGAGAAAGAACGGAGUGUGACUUGAUUCAGUUGCAGCAGCAGACCACACCUGGCUGUUGCUUGAUUGGCAGCGCUGUCUACAGGGUGGUCCUUGACAUCUGCUUCAGAAACGGUGCCACAGCGAGUGGAGAAGGGUGCUCUUUCCAUCCUCCAGGGGAUGAGCUCUAGUGGCCAUGACCUCUGACCCCUAGCCCUCCUUGCCAAGCCUGCGUAUCCAGUAUUGUGUCCCCUUUGCUCCUCCCCUGGGAGCUGGGUCCUGCUGCUGCCAAUAGAGGGGCGUGUGCAUGGCGGGCGGGCGGGCUGGCCUGGGGCCGCUGGGCAGCACAGCCCCACACCCAGUCUGUCUGUUCCUCAUGGCUGCAGAGCUGCUCUUCCCCCUCAAGAGUUUGGACUUCUAUAAGGAAGUCAAGGAGCAAGCUUUUCAAACUGGCACCCAGUAUUAAUUUCAGUGGAAAUGAAGUUUGUGUAGAUUCUGCCAAAUAGCAAAUGGGACUUUUGAAAACAAAACAUACAAUGUCUGUGUUGAUUUGAUUUCAUACAGUGACAGAAACGGCUCUGCUGUCAUAUCCCACUCCGAGGUUGUCUCUGCUAACUGCCUCAGGCUGCUUGCCCUGCCUUACCUUAGCAUGGGUUGCCUGUCCUAAGCGGUGUGGUACAACAGGGAGGCACAGCUGUACUUGAGGUUUUCACACACGAGAAGUGACAGUCGCUGUCGGUAUUGUGAAGCACAGUCCUCACGGUUUGCCCUGGAUCCUUUCGUACCAGUCAGAGCCCGUGGAUGGCGUUUUUUUGUUGAGGCCAAUGCUGUGGAACAGCAGCCCAAACUUUUCUUUGCAUUUGUUUUGAAUGUCUGACAUUGGUUUUGUGACCUGGUUAGAAGUGUGUUAGUGCCACAGGCACAGGAGAUGGUCCUUGUGUGGCAGAGGGGACACAGCGCUGGAGGGGCCAUCCUUUCUACAUCUGUGGAACUGUAGUCAUGCUGAUAGUGUCUAACGUUUCUGCAGCUCUGUAAGCCGUGUACAGUGAGUGUGAUACGGAAGAAUACAGACUGAGCAAGAAGGUAGGUCCAAGCCAUCCCGGGCCGCCUGCAGGUGGCUCAGCAGUGUCCCGUCUAACUGGUCCUUGCCACAAGUCUUUCCUAAGCUACGUUAAUCCUGUGUUCGGCAUAAAAUUGCCAAAACACAAUAAUGUGUACAUAGUGGUAUAAGAUCUUGGGGAAAUCUAUAUAUUGUGCUCUUUAUCUGUGAAUGGGAAAAGCCAUUUUAGUACCAGACUCCCAUUUGGAAACUCCCUUGGAUGUAUAUCUGAAUGUUGCAUUGUAUUGUACAGUAUGCCUACUGUCUGUGCUUGCAUAUGGCAAUGAAGUGUCUGUUUUAUAUUUAAAAAGACAUCUGUUCUGUACAGUUGAAAUAAAUUUUGCAUUUGCUA